AUGAGCCUCAUUCCAAUCAUCUGCACCCACGAGGUGUCGCCCAUUCUUCUCUCAACCAUCCUUUCAAUAGCGUACAAGGCCUCGUCCAAGAUCAAUUCGCCUCCAACCCUCCUCCUUCUCACGACAGCGGACGGCGACGAUCUUCGAAAAUACAAAAAAGAAUCUGUCACCAAGCCGCCGAUUGAUACUUUUCAAUCCCCAUUUCUUGGUUGGGAUGUAAACAAGGUCGCGCAGUUUAUACAGGAAAAUGCGUCGAAAACUGUGGUAGAUCGAACUGUAUUUCUUGUCGCAGACGAUCAAACAACUGCAGACGAAGGCACCCUUCUUCUUGUUCACAACGUUGAAGACUCACUGGAGACAAUCCGGGUUUCCGCCGAGUUUGUCAACAGCCAGGCGGUCUCAGUCGCUGUUGCAACUACGGAUAUUGGGGAGCUACGGAGCCUGGCUGAUGGUGACGGGGUGUACAGAGGGGAUAUAACAUCCCUCGGUGGGGAACUUGUAGCCCUGAGUCAAUAUAUGUUCAGUUUCGUAACCGCGAGUUAUCAUACCGAAACAUACAUGCUGCCAUGUCUCGAAUACACCUUUACCCUUGCUCUAAUCCUACCGGUGAAAUCGGCGGUCUUAUUGACGAAGUCUCAACGUCAUUAUCCGUGCUCAUUGCCGGCGAACACAGCGUGUCACACACGCGAGUCCGUAUCUUCCCAUCCCUAUCUUCCCGCCUAUCAAUGGAUCAGCACCAAGACGGAGAAGCUUUCGAGCUUCCAUCAAGGAUAA